CACCGUUUAGGGGCCAACAGAAUUCUUUAAGAUUUUUAAUCACACUACCUAGAUUAACUAGGAAACAAUUUUUUAAAAAGUUGCUCAUAAAAAUUAAAAAUAUAUUAAACAUGGCCAAAUUGUUUUCCAGAGGCUCGGGGGAACCUACAAUAACGGGAACAGUAGAUACUUUGGCAGUUUUUAAUAUUUUUAUAUUAAUUUUAAUUAGUUCUGAAUUUUAUAUGCAAUGUGAAAAGUAAAAAAGUUAUAUUCGUAUUUUCUGUAGUGCAAAAAAUGAGAUACUUUUAGCCCACCCGGCUAUCGCAGGAUAUACGACUAAAUUCAGGCUAAAAAAUAAUAGUGGAAACUGAAAUGGACGUCCAAAUGAAGCUUAAGCUACAUGGCAGCGACUCGGCCAAUCAGCGCCGAGCCUAUUCACAAUCAAUUCAAAUUAACCCAAUAAAAUUCCGGCAUUUGUCACCCGUCCAAUAACAAAGCUACACUUUCACCGUCAUCCGGGCAAGGAUAAGCACUUCCUCGUUUCUAUUCCCAUGGUGGCCCGUUUGCUGAGCACCCUGUUGGUCCUGCACUCCAUUUCGGUGCUGCUCCCCAGCAGCUGCUGCCGCAAGAAGGAGCCCAAACUGCCCGUCCUCCAGCUCCACACCAACGACUCCCUGCCCGCCGACCUCCAGGUCACCGUCGGGCUGCCCGCCGGCCGCAACAAAAGUUACUCGUACACAUCGCCCAGCGCCCACGGCGCGCUGUCCGUCACCCUCACGGCGUGCACGUCGCCCAUUUUUUGGUCCUUCGGGCCGGAUAACACCACCAUGCUGCACACCCACUCCAUGGACACCUACCAUGUGCCGUCUCCCAGCCAGGGCGUGUACACGCUCACCCUGCUGGCCCCAGAAUCCGCCACCCUGGCCCACAUCUACAUAAGCACGGAGCGUGGCGGACCCCAAGCGCUCCAGAGCGCCAAAUUCUCCAAAGUCCGUCUGCUCAAGCGCCAGAAAGGGAAGCGGCUAACUGUGAAGUGGAAUCCGAGCCUGGUGGACCCGCAAGGUACCGACUAUUGUCUGGUGGUGGGUACCAAGCCGCCCGUUGGGUCGCUGUGUGCCGCACAACAGGACCCAGCACUGGCUGUGGCUUGUGUUGGCCGCAAGACCCAUCACACCAUCACUGGUUUAAAGCACAGCCAAAAGUACUACUUUAGCGUCUUCGCGAUCAACAACCAAUCGAAUUUUACGUACCCUUACGGGACCAUAUCUUCAGUUUUCGACGGCCGGUUCAGACACACCAGUCUCAAAGACGGGAAAGCCACGUUUGCCAAUUUAAAAAAACUCGACGGAAAAGCAGUUUUUCGCUACAAAGUUGUUAAUGCAACGGAGAGUCUAGACUUAUUCGUGAUCCCAUGUGGGGGUGCGAUUGAUAUCGAAGUAACAUUAAAAAACGCAACGGUGGUACCACCGAAACGAGUCAAAAGUUUCGGCAGAAUCACUAUAAAAAAUCCAGUACAGUUCGCCCGGUACUACAUCAAGAUUUAUGCCCUGAACCGCGAAGAAUUGAAGAAGACAUCGGGAGUUGAAAUUUAUGCAACCACACGGUUUCCGACCAAAAUUCCCUUACCAAACAUGCCCCAAACCCUCAAAGUGACAGAAUACAAGGGUUUGACCACUUGUGAUAGUGUGACAGUAGCUUGGAUGGCAGCGCCAGGGCAGAAAAGUGCCCAUUACUGCCUUUCGGCAACCGAAGGAAAAAUCCGGGAGAUGGAAGACUACAGAAUGCCCAACCAAUGCGGGCUUGAAAGUCGCUUGAAAAAAUCAGUCGACUUUGCUGUGAAAUUUUGCACAGAUGAGAAAAAUUACAAAGAGUUACCUGUGGUUUACAAAACAAUAAAUCAGCUAAAGCCCGGUCGCAAUUACAUAAUCCAAGUAACUGUCAAAAAGCCAAAAGGGAAAACCUUGUCGUAUGAUCUUCUCCAAGUGCAUACGAAACCGUCCUGCAGAAGGAAGCAAGAGUGACUUUUAGUUUGGUUUUUUCAUUGAUUCCUGAAUGAGGCUAGAUGUUUAUUUAUUUUUAUUAUUUUUACUCAGUUGUAAGUUUUAUAUUUUCCAGAAUAAAUAUUUUUGUAAA